AAAAUUUCAGCGAGAAAAGUUUAGUCAGUGUACGUGGGUGCAGUCAGGGUCCUAAGAAACUUCAUGCGACUUCAAUAUAAAUUUGUCGAAGUCCCAUGAGCACUAUCACCUCUAAGGUUCAAAGGUCUGAAUGCUUAGUCACUUUUAGGAGCGCGGUGGCUCCACUUGCACAACUUUGAUUUCACUUCUCUCGAGUGAAGCGACCGGCGCCGUGCAGGUCUUUGUCGAACCGCAGAGGCUUUUAAAGUUGCUCCACUUGUUGAAACAAACCCCGUGCGAUAUGUCAGCCUCACGGAUGCAGUUGCUAACACCCAGAAGCGUUCGGCUUUUAAGCCGGGGGCGAAACGAGUUGUUAGCCGGUAGCGGUGCAGCGCAGCGGCUCGGCAAUGGUCCCAGGGUCCGCUCACUGACCUCUCCCCCUCUGUCCUCCUCUCCCGGCAGAGCCUUAUCGAGUUUGAGUGCGACGCGACGCGGGCUCCCCAAAGAGAAAAUGUCUGAAAAUGGAAUGGUGUCCCGGGCCAAGGUGUUGACCAUCGACACCAUGAACCCCACGGUGAAGAAAGUGGAGUACGCCGUGAGGGGCCCCAUCGUGCAGCGAGCUGUGGAGCUGGAGAGGGAGCUCUCAGAGGGAAUGAAGAAGCCAUUUGCUGAGGUCAUCAAGGCCAACAUUGGUGACGCGCAUGCUAUGGGCCAGCAGCCAAUCACUUUCUUCCGACAGGUCUUGGCUCUAUGCUCCUACCCUGAACUAUUGAAUGACAGCACAUUCCCAGAGGAUGCUAAAAGUAGAGCACACCGCAUUCUCCAGUCCUGUGGAGGGAACAGUAUGGGCUCCUACAGCGCCAGUCAGGGCAUAGACUCUGUGCGUCAGGAUGUGGCCCGCUACAUUGAGCGAAGGGAUGGCGGCGUUCACUGCGACCCGGACGACAUUUACCUCACCACAGGGGCCAGCGACGGCAUUGUGACGAUGCUGAAGCUGCUGAUGUGUGGUGAAGGUGCGGCCCGUACGGGCGUCAUGAUCUCCAUACCUCAGUAUCCCCUGUAUUCGGCUGCAUUGGCCGAACUUGGCGCUGUGCAGAUCAACUAUUACCUUAAUGAGGAAAAGUGCUGGAGUAUGGACAUCAGCGAGCUGCAGCGCGCCCUGGAUGAAGCUCGGCAGUACUGCAACCCUCGAGCCCUGUGCAUCAUCAACCCUGGAAACCCCACUGGUCAGGUUCAGAGCAGAGAGUGCAUUGAAGAUGUAAUCCGAUUUGCAGCAAAGGAACGCCUCUUCCUCAUGGCUGAUGAGGUGUACCAGGAUAAUGUGUAUGCUGAUGGUUGCCAGUUCCACUCUUUUAAGAAGGUUCUGUUUGAGAUGGGCCCAGAGUACUCAAAUACAGUGGAACUGGCAUCGUUCCACUCCACUUCAAAGUGUUACAUGGGAGAGUGUGGUUUCCGUGGAGGCUACAUGGAGAUCAUCAACAUGGACGAUGACGUGAAGGCCCAGCUGACUAAGCUGGUGUCGGUCCGUCUGUGUCCUCCAGUCCCCGGUCAGGCUCUAAUGGACCUGGUGGUCAACCCUCCGCAGCCUGGGGAGCCCUCAUAUGACAACUUCAUCAAGGAGCGCACAGCCACCCUAAGUACCUUAGCAGAGAAGGCCAAGCUUACAGAACAAGUUCUCAAUACUGUGCAAGGUAUCAGCUGCAAUCCUGUGCAGGGUGCCAUGUACUCCUUCCCUCGCAUAACCAUCCCUGAAAAAGCCAUCAAAGAGGCCAUGGACAUAGGUCAGCAGCCAGAUAUGUUUUACUGCAUGAAGAUGCUGGAGGAGACAGGGAUCUGCCUUGUACCUGGAAGCGGCUUUGGCCAGAAGGAUGGAACCUACCACUUCAGGAUGACGAUCUUGCCACCGACGGACAAGCUGCAGAUCCUGCUGAACAAAGUCAAAGAGUUCCAUCAGAAAUUCACCCACCAGUAUUCUUAAAUUUCCAUAUCUGUUUUUCCUACAAUUCUCAAAGGGAGGAGCUCACCAACCACCACAACAAAGAACACAGCCAAUCACCAUUUAUCUGUCACUAAUAAGUGCCUUCUCUACGGCGGCUCUGGUGGUCUCUAUGACGACGCACUUCAGCCUCUACAGCAAUUUCACUUGGACAUUGGUGGACAGUACACAAGGCACUGUUUUGUGUCCGAAAACAAAACAAAACUGGAGAUGAAGAAAUGAAGUCAGAGCCAUGUUUCAGUUUAGUAUGAAAAAUGUGGCUUCAUCUAAUAUUGUUCCUGUUUUGAAAGAUGUAUUUACUCUAAGUCUGUGUAUUUGUGAGUAUGAGAGAUAGAUUGUAUAUGUCAAUGCCAAGCUUAAAAAAAAAAAAGGUACAGUUGAAGAAAAUGUGAUGCUGCUUAAAACCUCCAGUACGUCUACAAUUGGUUAAAAUAUUCCAUUCCUGCAGGCUGUACUGGACGGGGAGAAUAUACAGGAUAGAUUCAUUUGCAUGAUGAUUAAGAAAUGAUUUUUUAGAGUCAAAAUAAAUGUAACAGUCUA